AUGCGCACUAAAGUGUCCAAAUAUCAGCCGGUACUCGAUAAGGAGUGCGGAAUUGUCAAAGAGCAGGGAAAUGUGUUGAGAAAGUUGAAGUUGAUACGACAGAUCUGGAUCCACCCAACGACCGAAGCUAUAGAAGACGGGACCGGUGAAAAAGUGGUCGACGACAUUUUGUCCCAUUUCAUGGAACAUUCGAAAGCGAAACUCCACCGACGCGCCGUGUCGUAUCUCUCCGGCACUUUCGGCCUACUCGUCACAAAAAUCGGAAUGGAACACUUUGAUAGUGUAUCGGAAAGAGCAUUCGGACUACUGUAUGCAUCGUUGGCAAAAGCUGAAACUGAUUUUACAGCGGAUCAGUUGAUUAAGCUUGCGGCAAUGUUUAUCUAUGCAGUUCAGACGAAUUUUGAGAAAGCGUCCACGUCAUCAAGCACAUUCCAACUCGAAAUCUCCGUCAAUACACUCUUCACUUAUUUCCUGACACUUCUCGAACACAUUUCCACUCAUAAAAUCCUAAUUUUGCCGGCGUUAAACGUGUUAUCCACGUGGAUUCUUCGCUCCGAAACCGACGAGAUUCUGAAGACGUUGGAACAUCUGGAGACGUUGGAUUCGACGAUUCUGUCGGAAGGAUUCACCGGAUUAGAGAGAAUUUACGACGACGAAGAGAAUCUGAAUACACGGGAAACAGUGUAUCCAGAAGCCGUGAUUCUCGCGAGUUUCUUCAAAAUUUUCGAUGCGAAUCCCGUGGCGUCACGGGCGUCACGAAUGACGAAUUUGAAGAAAGCCGUCGAGAAAUUGAGAGUUUUGACGAAAAAAGCUGAAAAUUCCAGUAGGAAUCUGCAGGGAAUGGAGGAUGGCGUGGAGGGACGGGAAGAGCCGAAAAGCAGAGAGCAAAUGAUUGAAGAGGAGAGAGAUAAGGGGAAGGGAGUUAUUGUGAUCCAUCCGGAAUACUUGAUACCAGACACCAAUGUGUUCAUUGGCGAGUUACAACUGAUCAAAGACCUUCUGGAAGCCGCGCAGACCGUCAAAAAGUUUCAGAUUCUUGUUCCGACGAUAGUGCUCGACGAGCUGCAAAGCAUUUCGAAACUCUCGCCGACGGAUCCGAAAUCGAAUUCCGAAUCGCAUGAUCCGGAUCGAAUUUCGAAAGCGAAAAUCGCGGUUUCGUGGCUCCGUGAGCAAACGAAACAGAAGAAUUUGUAUACGUUGACGACGACGGGGGAAACGAUUGCCGUCACUUCUGAUGGCCGCCGAAGAUUUGGAUGGAAUCGGAAAAAUGACAACGACGAUAUGAUACUGCAAAGUGCGCUGAAAUGGUCGGAAUCCCUUCCGCCACCAUCCCAAUCAUCCACAAUUCACCAAGUGGUCGCCGCUAGUGAAAACGCGCUCCACCGUAAUUGUGUUCUGAUAACCGGAGACCGCGGAUUGACGAUCAAAGCCAUCGGAAACAAUUUCCCGUGCCGUGGAAUCGCGAAUUUCGCGAAAUGGAUGAAAGGAGUGUAA